GUGUGUGAGUAGCCACUGGGCGCAGAUCGUUUCCCGAAUCCGGUUCCGACGUGCCGACGACACCGAUGUCCGUGCCCACUGACUGAUCGCGCAGGGCUUUUUACCCGAACAGCACAGAACUGUAGCAGCUGACAGGCGGAUGCGGAGGGAGGCUCGCCAAACCCGGCGGAAUUCUCACGGUCCGCGGACUAGAACGCUCCUCUGUCCGGAUGCCGGCCUCCCAAAAAACAUAUGCUGAAAACUUUCAGCUGUCCGUUUGACGCGGGGUUGCUAUUUAGAUUUACAAGCCGGUCCGAGAGCAGCCAUGGUGCAGGUGCAAACUGUGGGCUAACGGGCACUGACAUGACUUAUUUCGGCGCUGACGCGAUUCGUUGUGCCAUGCCAACCCCGCAUUGUCAGAUGCCAUUUUACUCUGCGUUUCCCCGGCGUUUGGGUGUCCAUUAUUCUGGGCCUGUUGUGUAAUUUAGAGGUUCACGAGGCAGUAGCAAAAAAAAAAAACAGGCUGGUGCAAUGAGAAGCUACGCUGUCCGAGGAACAGUGCGCAGUUUGUGCUGAAGCUUAUGGGUCCGGCGAGCUCGAGCCCCCCGGCUUCUAGUUGGAGAGGUUGUGCUGCAGGACUACAGCGCGCGGGCUGUCGGCCACACAUCUGGACCGCCUGACUGCUGUCAUCUGCGGCCUGCUCGGACCGUGUACUCCUCGAACUUGUAUGUUUUAGGGGGGGGGACUGAGCGAGGUCGCUUCGGGCGGUGUCGCGUUAGGAAGGAGGGGGUGUAUAUUUGGCUCGGACUCCGGGUGGUGAUCCACUGGAACGCCACAGUCCAAACCCUGACAGGCUGACUUGACUACUCAAGGAAUUAAACGCUUGUCCAGCUAUGAAUUUUGCGUAGCCGAGUCACGUAUUUUUUUUUUUUAAAGGCAACGUUAGAGUGACAUUGCAGUCUUCUCGUCCCAUUGGUUAUUUCUUCGGCCGACUAGGAAAAAAAAAAUAGAAAAGAAUAAUAAAUAAAAGAGUGAAAGUGGAGUAUUGUCCGUCGUACGUCUCAACGCAGUGGGAUUUCUACGUCUGGUCGGCGUUCCCCCCCACCCUUCCCGCGGUGACGGUUAUGGGUCGGAAGCGGUGUGUCGGUGCAGAUUGUUCCAAGAUGGCGGCCGGGUGCUGCGGGGUGAAGAAGCAGAAACUGUCGGGAUCUCCCGGGUCGGGGGGUCCCGGCGGGGUGGGGGCGGGAAGCGGGGUGGCAGGAACCGGACAUUGUGGCUCGGAGUUGGGGAUUGGCUCCUCCGCGACGGUUGCAGCGGCGGCGAACGUGAGCAGAGCCAACGGCCUGGGGGGACCCGGAGGUAACGUUGGCGGCAGCAGCGGUAGCGGUAGCAGCGGCGGCACAAACGCUCUGUCGCCUGCCCCGGCCGGUUACACUACAUCCGGCCUCUCCCCGAACCUCAGUCCAGGACCGGGUUCGGGAAGCGGCGGCAGAAAAAUGGUUGUCUCAGCGGAGAUGUGCUGCUUCUGUUUUGACGUCCUUUAUUGCCAUCUGUACGGAUACCAACCUCCGAGAACACCCAGGUUUACAAACGAUCCCUACCCGCUGUUUGUCACAUGGAAAAUAGGCAGAGACAAACGGCUGAGGGGUUGUAUAGGUACAUUUUCUGCCAUGAAUCUGCACUCAGGACUCAGGGAGUACACCCUUACCAGUGCCCUUAAAGACAGUCGCUUCCCCCCUAUGACAAGGGAUGAGCUGCCUCGCCUCUUCUGCUCAGUGUCUCUUCUCACCAACUUUGAAGACGUCGGUGAUUACCUUGACUGGGAGGUGGGUGUCCACGGUAUAAGGAUAGAGUUUUUCAAUGAAAAAGGAUCAAAGCGCACCGCCACCUACCUACCAGAGGUUGCAAAGGAGCAAGGUUGGGACCACAUUCAAACCAUAGAUUCCUUACUACGAAAGGGAGGUUACAAAGCUCCCAUCACAAAUGACUUCAGGAAGACCAUUAAGUUAACCAGGUACCAUAGCGAGAAGAUGACGAUGGGUUAUGCAGAGUACAUUGCCCACCGCCAGCACCAUCACUACCAGAAUGGCAUCGGGCACCCGGUGCCGUCGUAUAACCAUUAUUCCUGACAGCGAGCCGCAUGACCAAUCAUUGGACCUCUCCGCGGACCUUUUCCCAGGAGAGCCAGCCCCUUCCUGGUCUAGCUAUUUCUACUACUGUACCAUUUUAUGAUGAUAGUUUCCGUUGCCGUGCUGGCCGUCUCACAGACGUUGACAUGGCAACGGGGGGCAACGAAGCAUCAUUCGAUUAUGGCAAGAAAACCAUGUUUCUUUUGUUUUGUUUGCCUGUGGUUGAGCUUUUGCAGCAUAUGUAUACCUAUAUCUACGACCCCCACCCUCCCCACCUCGUCCAUAUUAUUUGGGAAAUUAACCAAUAUUAGAUUUUUUUUCUUAAUAUUGCGUCUUUUCAGCAAACCUAAUCAGGUGUUUGAUUCUGUGGAUGGAAGCGAGUCUCCUUGGGUGGAUUUAGGCUUUGCUACAAUUUAACAUUUACUAACACGCUUUUUUUUGUGUGGUUCUUCUCCCUAUUGUUGCUCUUGUUUCUUGAACGUUACAAUCCGGACGUAUAUCAUGUAGCAAAGGCGACCGCAGUUUCAAAAGGCUGUAUCCUCUCUUCUUUCAGUUCCUCUCAAAAGCCCCGGGCGUCGCGCUAGCCUCGUAAACUGUCGUAGUGUCGUAGUUGGAAUAUGUAUCGGGGACGUGUGUGUACUCCAAAGCGUAGAUGGGAUGGGGUCGGGGGAAGGGGGGGGGGGGGGCGCCCCAGGCUCAGCUUCUUCCGUUUCUCGACCCGGGUCCCAAUUGUGUGUGUUCGUGUGUCGCCGUGUGUGGAUUAUAGGCGCCGCUUUGUCACAAGAUGGAAAAGCAGUUGAAGAAAUUGGGUUUUAAUCUAAAAAAAUUAGCUUUACAGUGACAAACUUUACAAUUUACUUUAAGUUUAAGCGGGUGG